AGUCGACCAAUCGGUAACAUUGCAGACGCUACUGUAACGAACCGUGUUUAUUGUUUCAUUGUUGUUGUUGUUGUUAUAACUCGAAAUUAUUAGCGUCGUGUUAGGUUCUAUAUAUAAUAUAAUAAUUGUAAUAUUAUUACACCGGAGCGUUACGAACUUGAUAGUAUAAUAAAACGUACCUACACGACGUGGCCGCGCGGGAAAAUUCGAGGUAAAGGUUAUUGGGUUUUUGCUGUUUUCAGGAGGGGUUAUAAGAGUGUCGAGAAUUCGAGACGUAUUAAAAAUGAAAGACGGCGAAGUAAAACAGCCGCAAUAGCGUACAUUGUACAUAAUAAUAAUAAUAAUAUUAUGAUGGUGACAUGGUGUACUAUUUACUCGUUCGCGUGUACCUCUGUCUAUAAUACACAUAUAUGGUAGUAACGCGGAUAUAAUAUCGCUAUUGAUUAUGUAUAAAUAUGUAAUUAAUCCAUAAUAAUAUACUGAUAUACGUGUGUGUUGUACCGCGGGUUGUGUCGCGGAAGAACAACACGAGUACACGAUGAUGAUAAUGAUAAUGAUAGUAAUAAUAACAAUAUUAUUAUUAUUAUAACGAUCGAUAUUUAUUUAUUUUUUAUUUAUUUUUGUAUUUUUUUCUUGAAAGAGAGAACGGUGCAGCCGACUACGCACUGCGCAGUAGACUGACAGAGCGAAAAACACACGACGCGGCCACGCCGCUAUGGGAAAAAUGUUGUUUUCGUUGUAAUGUUGUUGUUGUUUGCACGGUUCAACGGUCAACAUGACCCGCGCGUUGAGAAGGCGGGGAUGCGGGCGCAUGCGCACCGCUUGUUUACAUCUAUAGGAAUACGCGCUGAUUAAUCGUCACACAGACACACACAUAAUAUACGCACACACCGAAUAACAACACACAGUGGUGGCGCUUACGUAUCCACAUGACUUUUCCGCGGAAAAUGUUUUCCAUUAACAACAACGACACGGUGAAUACAGCAGUAGUUAUAGUGGCAAUAACCGCGUUCUCAAAAUCGUCUCCACCGUCGGUGUGCUUCUCGUGCGUCGUCGUCGUUUUUGUUGUUGUUAUUGUUGUUGUUGUUAUCGUCGACGUGCCUCCGCAGUGGUCAGUGACAGAAAGGGUUUUCGCCGAUUUCCAAUGCGCCCCGUCCGCCGCCGUCGUCGCCGCAGCAGCAGCAUGUUCCGAAUUAUCGUGCUAAACGCCACUGCCGCCGUCGUACCGUGUUUCACCCGCAGUGUCCGUUGUUGUUGUUGAAACGAUAUCGUCUCGUACGCGCGUGCUGUCGUAUCGUUUUCCUCUUAUUUAUCGUCGUUUUCGACGCCCUCGUGCGCCGCGCACCGUGUAUGGAUACAAAAUUAUUAUUAGUACAUUUUUCUCACGAUACACGGUAAACAGCACGACCGGUGCAGAUUAAUAAUUCACACAUCAAUAGAGUGUGAUAUUAUAAUAUUUAUACAUUUGUUCGUAUGCGAUACGCGAACCGUGUACGUACCUAAAUCGUCGUGUGCCGUGUGAUAUAGCUAUUGCGACGCACGUUUUCGUGGCCGUGUAAGAGGCGGCGUGUGCGCGAAACUCGUAACAUUAUUAUUACUAUUACCAUUAUUAUCGUAGUGCUAUGUGCGGCCACGUCGGUUCUAGUCAGUUCGUGUACGGGACAAUAUUAUUAUAGUUCAGGACGCAAAAAUCGAGUGUGUUGGGAUCCGCCGCACACGCGAAAGGGAAUACCAGACGAGAAGUAGAAAUUAUUUAAAAUGAGCUUGUUAUUGGCCCAAUUUACUGACUCACCUAAGCCUAGAAACGCUAUGGCUGGUGUUGUUAAGAUUGGAUAUUUGAAAAAAAAUAAGAAUAUGAGAAAAAAGUUUUUUGUACUUCGAGAAGAGACUGCAGGUGGUGGACCUGCACGCCUAGAGUAUUAUGAAACUGAAAAAAAAUGGAGAAACAAUGCAAUGCCUAAAAAAGUAAUUGUGUUAAAGUCGUGCUUCAAUAUAGACAAACGUGUAGAUGCGCGUACUAAAAAGACACUGAUAUGUUUGUAUACCAAGGAAAGUUCCUUUUAUAUACAAUUCGAUAGUGACAAAGAACGCGACGAGUGGUUGGACCUUAUGUUGGUUUUACAACGAGUUACUAAAGAUUUUGGACCUGGUGUUUCACUCAAAGAACCUUUCGAGCAUAUUUGGCACAUCUCUAUACUAAAAAAAGAGUUGGGAAUGAAUGCGAAUUUAAUAGGUAUGACUGGACUCUGUUUAUGUGACAAAAAAGUGAGCAUAAUGAAAUAUCCAACUAAAUCAAAAGAACAAAAAUCUAUGGAUAUAAUGUUGUCAAGUAUUCGUCGAUGUGGAGCUUUGGGUACAUUUUUUUACAUGGAAGUAGGACAAAGUUCUCCAUUUGGUUCUGGUCAUAUAUGGAUGGAUACAUGGAACAAUGAUGUUGCAACUAGUGUUCACGAAACUAUAAUGGGCGCAUCAAGUCGAAAUCAUGAUCCUAGAUUUAGAAUGAGAUCAUCAUCAUUUAAUGAAGGAUCACGACUAAUAAACUGUCCAAUAAGACAGCGUUCUAGUUGUUUUUAUGAUGAGAAUCACCCUGGGCUUCGGUUUAAAAAUAAUAGUCAAAGUUCCUCAACUUUAAAUAAUGGAAAUAUUGAUUUAACUCGUGCAGGAUCAGUUAGGGAGCGUUGUGAUAGCAUGCCAUUGCGACCACGCACUAUUAGUGAAAACACAACUUCAUCAACGCGUUCUUUCAAUGGAAUUCUAUCUCCAAAACAAACUUUCCACAAAGGUUGUAAUUGUGUUUCUGCAUCUUCAUCAUUAUCAGCGUUUAACGAUUCUAACUUGAGUACCUGGGAUUCGUCUCUAUCAAAAUCUACAGAUACCACAGAUGGAAUCUCUUCAUUUUAUACGAGUCUUAAUGACCACCGUUCUGCAAUACUUGAGGAAAAACAAGAAGAUUUUGUUUCUUAUACUCCAUUAGACAAAGAAGAAGAUUCUUUGAGACAAACAAGUGACAGUAAUGUUAAUAAUAAUAUUAACUUGAUUAACAACAAUAUUGUUGGUAAUAAAUCCAGUUCCUCUUCUCAGGCGGGUUCUUGUUGUGACUCAAAUAGUCCAUAUGGCUCACCAAUCAAUGUAGAUGAUACAUAUAUUCCUUUAAACCCUUCUGGUACAUCUGAAACGUCUCCACCACCAGAUGGAUACCUUCCAAUGAAACCAGGAUAUACUUUUUCUAGUAACUGUGUAAAUGUUAUGCCAUUGGAAGGACAUAGUAAUUCUAAACAAGAACCUACUGAAAUGCCUCAAACAGAAUUUGAAUCACCUGAAGGCUAUGUUCCUAUGGCACCCGUUGGUAGAAUGUCUGAUUAUGUAUCUAUGGAUUGUAAGCAAGGAUCUAUUGAAUCUGGUACACCUUCUACAGACACUCGCUUUUCCGACAUUCAUCUGGAUAAAGUAUGUGCAUACCUUACACCAUCUGAGGACGAAGGACCUAUUGAAAGGCCUACUCGAGCCUAUUCUGUUGGUUCCAGACCAGAUGGCUUGAGAGAGAAAAUUGACAAAAUUAAUGCUGAUCGAACAAGAACGCGUGCAUUUUCAGUUGGCAGCCGCGGUCGAUUACCCCCAACUGGGUUACCCCGGAAUGGAUAUCAAUCUGGUUCGACCAGUAUGUCUGAACAUAGUGAUAGUGGCGAUCGAAUGGAAAUAGAUUUUAGUUGUAAUUCAAAAUCUCGUCGUCAUUAUUCGGCAACAUGUCGCACAUUGUCUAUUCAGCCACCAGCAGAUUUAUCACCAAGGUCAUCACCUAAACUUUGUCCUUCUCCUGAUCCAUCAUGUACUCAUAGACCAACUGGUCGUUCUCCUCCAAAAUCUAUAGUGUCUUCUGUAGAUAUUAAAAGGACACUAUCUGGAGCUGUUCAUGGUAUUUCUAGAUCACCUCCAACAUCUUCACAUACGUAUUUGUCACCUACAUUAGAAAGAGUUUCAGAGGUGCCUGGUAUUGAACUUGUUGAUAGUUACACGCCAAUGAAACCGAGCCAAGGAUUAUUUCCCUGUGAAAACACAAGUAUGGUGGUAGAAGAAUCAAAUAAAAAAAAUUAUGUAAAUGUAUGGGAAGCAGCAAGUAGUACGUUUCCACUCAUGAAAAUGAUUGGAGGUUUGAAUUGGAAAAAAAACAAAAAACGUAACACAGCUCCAGUUCUAGAACAACUUGUUCCCAUGGCUGAUGAAGGCAUUGAUGAAGUAGAUGGUUAUACGACUAUUAGGCCAGGUGUUCAUACAAUACCGGUACGAGAACAACAGAUUGGUCAGUCUUCUGAUGCCGUGUUAGAUGCCAUUUGUGAUGGACUUGCGGAUAUAGUGUUCUCAGACCCAUCUCAUAUUGUCACAUAUAAUUCUCAAAACCACUCUAAGUCAGAUAACUCUGUUACUUCACUGGAUGGGUAAUUAUAUAAUUUGUUUGUAGUUUGUGUUGUAAUAUAAAUAAUAUUUUAAUUUAAACUCAUAUUUUGUAUACACUGGUAAAGAGGUUUAUCUCAGUGGCAAACACAAAUUUAUAUAAUUUUUUGUAUGUAUAAUUUUACUGUGUUGCUCUUUGUAUUUGAAUUAAAUAAAUAUUAAUAAUUAGGAAAAAGUAUAUGUUUAUAUAUUUGGCAUCUAAAGUAAAACAUUUUAGGAGAAUUGUAUCCAGGGGUAAUUUUUCUAACGAUAUUUCAACUUAAAUGGAGAAUUUUUAUUGUAUUUAAUGUAUUUUAUUUUUUAGUGAAUAUGUUACCAAUUUAAACCAGUAUGAACUGAAACAUAAAUAUAAUUUUUGCCUUUUACGCUUUAAAUUUUUAAUAUAAAAAAAAAAUUGAUGAAUAUCAAUUGUUUAUUGUUAUUUAAAAAUACUAAGUUAUUAAUUUUUUAUUUGAUAUGUAAAAUAGUUAAUUUAAUCAUGUUUCAAUAUGUUAAAGUAAAAAAGGUAAAAUAGUUUAACAUAGAGAGAACUAGGCUAAGGUGUUGUGUCCAUUAAAUGAAGAAAAUUCAAUAGUAAAGAAGUUAAGAAGACUUCCUCCGUGUAGGGAAACGGUAGAAGUGGAAGGCCAAAGAUGAACUGAAUGUGAAAAUGCAUGUUAUAAAUGUCUCCCUUAGUAGUGUUUGUGUAUAAUUUCUAGGAAAUGGCAUUUGUCAGAGAAACCUAAUGUUAGUAGCUAACCCCAAUUAUGUGUUAGGUGAAGGUGAUACAAAAUAAUGGAAAGUAUAUCGUGUUGAACUACAAACAAUUACAUUAUCGGUAAAAAUUAAAUUUUAUAAAAUAAUUUGUAUAAAUAUUUAUAUUAAUUUAAAUUAUAGUUAAACUUAAAUAAGUAUGUAUUUAUACAAAUAUAAAUAUAUAGAUGUAAAUAAAUGCAUGCUUGCGUGUAUGUAUGAGCAUUUAUUUUUAUUUGCAAAAAUAAAAAUCUCCUUAUGACCAGACGUCAAUGAAUGCAAAUAAGACUGAAGAACCACUCUAGGAAUAUACCUAGCUAAUUACUGUAUUUAAUUUUAGGUUCUCUAUAGUAUUUCUUUAAUUUAAAAAUGUUCUCAUUUGAGCUAAUUUUUAAUUUGUUAGCUAACAAGAAAAUAAAAAUAUUUAAUAGUUGAUAAUAAUUAUAAAUUCAAUUGGUGUGUGUGUCUAUGUUUGUGUGUGUAUGUGUAUUAUGUUAAUUAAAAUGUAUUAAAUUAAUUGAUAAAUAAUAACACUAUUUAUAGUGUUUUUGGUUGACCAUUAAAACAAUUUUUACCUUACAUCACUAUUAUUUAGAAAAUUUAUUAAAAUGUAUUAAUCUGCCUUCUCAAUGUUACUUAAAAUCUGACUGUCAUUAUUACAGAUUUAUGAUAAAUAAAUAUUUCAUAGAUCAAUUUUAAAUAUACUCCAAAAAGUGAAAAAUAAUUGUUUAUAGACUAUGAGAAAAAUUAUAAUAUUUGAUUGUUGUUUUUGAAACUAAAUAGGUGAGCAAUCUUGUUUUUCGUUAUUUAUUGGAGCGAUAUGCUUUACGAAAAUAAAGAUAUUUUGUAUGAAGUAAUAAUAGAAUAAUGAAAAGUAAUUUUCUCAGAAAAAAAAAUUAAAAUACAAAUAAUUUUUCUCAUCGCCUGUAUUUAUUAUACACUCAGUACUGCCACUAUUGUAAGAAGACAACAUUGUCUGCCCAUCUAACUAUUAAAAUUAAGUUCAAGUUUUGUAAUUUUUGUUCUAUAUUAUAUAUUGUAUAAUAUUAUGAUUCUAUUAAUGUGUGUUUAGUCUUAAAAUUUAGGUGAAGAUAUUAUUAGUAAAUAUUAAAUAAUAUUUAUUGUUUACUUUUUGUCUUUAUUCUUUUAUAGAUAAAUUUUGUUGUAGCAAGUAUUAAUUUAAGGGAAUUUCAAUAGGCUAUUGUUUGUUUUUUUUUUUUUAAAUUUUUUUUUUGGUUUUAGCCUGUAGGGGUUAUUGCCAGUUAUCAUGUACAAGAACAACUGUCUUUUUUAUUAUUUUGCUCACAUUCCUCAAUUGUUUUCUUAAUAUUAAUUAUUUUGUUUAAUGCUAAAUUUUGAAAAUAGAAAAUGUUAUACGAACACACGCCUUUAAGAAUUAAUUUGUUAAGUUUGACUUUUUCUAAAAACUUAUCUUGUGAUCACUGUAUUUACUAUUUACAUAUAUUUAUUUCUUAGAUAAAUACAUUAUAGAUAAAACAAUUGAGAACUAUCAAUUUUGUAAUAUUUAUUUAUUUUGUAACAAUACCCUUAUAGUAUUGUUCAAAAUAGUGAAACAAACUUGUUUUAAAUUUUAUGCAAUAAAAUACAGUGUAAAUUUGAAUUUAA